UCUCGACUGAGGGAGCAAGCAUGGCGGCCUCUAUUGCCAGGGGCUGCCGGGCUGCAAUGGCCCUGGGCCGGAGCUUUCGAUGCGUCUGGGCUCUGCGCCCUGCGCCGGCCUCUGUCGCCUGCCAGACCCUCGCGGGGCCAAGCUGGCGGCAGAUCACUGGACCUUCUGAGCCCGGCGCGUUCCAGCCACCGCCGAAACCGAUUAUCGUGGACAAGCGCCGUCCCCAUCGCCGGGAAAGCAGGUUCUUGAGUCCUGAAUUCAUUCCUCCAAGGGGAAGAACAAAUCCUCUGAAAUUUCAAAUAGAAAGAAAAGAUAUGUUAGAAAGGAGAAAAAUACUUCACAUUCCAGAGUUCUAUGUUGGAAGCAUUCUUCGUGUUACUACUGCUAACCCAUAUGCCAAUGGAAAAACCAGCCAGUUUCUGGGAAUUUGCAUCCAGAGAUCAGGAACAGGACUUGGAGCUACUUUUAUCCUUAGGAAUACUAUUGAAGGACAAGGUGUUGAGAUUUGCUUUGAACUUUAUAAUCCUCGAAUACAGGAGAUCCAAGUAGUCAAAUUACAGAAACGGCUGGAUGAUAGCUUGCUAUACUUGCGAGAUGCCCUUCCUGAAUACAGCACUUUUGAUAUGAAUAUGAAGCCAAUAGCACAAGAACCUAGCCAAGAAGUUCCUGUUAAUCAGCUGAAAGUAAAAAUGAAGCCCAAGCCGUGGUCCAAACGCUGGGAACGUCCAAAAUUUAAUAUCAGGGGGAUCAGAUUUGAUCUUUGUUUAACUGAAGAGCAAAUGAAAGAAGCCCAGAAGUGGAGUCAGCCAUGGCUUGAGUUUGAUAUGAUGAGGGAAUAUGACACUUCAAAAAUUGAAGCUGCAAUAUGGGAUGAAAUUGAAGCAUCGAAAAAUUCCUGAUCUGAGAAUGAGUUUGGUUACUUGCAGAGGAUAUACUGUCUCUCAGAGGAUUUAUUUAGAAACCAAUUUAAUCUCAUAUAUAAGGACAUAGUCAUUAAAUCAACCAAACAUUCAUUAUUUUAUGAAUAUUAUUUAAAAAAUUAGCACACCAGUUUAUUACUUUAAAAAGAAAAAUGUACAUGCCAAGUGGUCUGAUGUCCAUUCUCUUAAUGGAGGCAAAGCUACAAUAGAGUCAAACUGUUACCAGAAUGGUCUUCAUUGAGCUUGGAAUCUGAGCAAGGAAGUGGAUAGGAUGAUUUUUUAAAUUUGUGAAGUAAAUUAUAAAU